AUGUGGAAAAAUGUGUCAUGUGUUUCACCAAUCAAAGCAGCUAAAUCUUGUAUAGCAAAUAAAGCUGAUAGCCUGUGGGUACAAUGGGUUGAUCACAUAUAUUUGAAGAAGAAGGAUUGGUGGCAAUACAAACUGCCACAGGUUUGCAGUUGGUACUGGAGGAAAAUCUGUUCCAUCAAGGAUCAAUUUGCUGAAGGAUUUGAUCAGCAUAAGUGGUUGGCAAACAAAGGAAAAUAUACAGUGAAAAGUGGCUACACAUGGAAACAAGGGACAAGGGAAAGAUGGGCAAGUAGCAGAUGGAUAUGGAGUAGAAACAACAUCCCAAAGCAUAGCUUUAUCUGCUGGUUAGCUAUGCACAAGAGACUUCAGACAAGAGAAAGACUGGCCAAACUAGGGAUAUGCAAGGAAACACAAUGUGCUAUAUGUGAGGCAGGAAUAGAAACAACUGAGCACCUAUUCUUUGAAUGUGACUAUUCAAGGACAUGCCUGAGUGAGAUACUGAAAUGGCUACAAAUUGGAGUGCAACAGUACAAGCUAGAAGGAUUAUGGAGAAGAAUGACAAGAAAUUCAAGAGGCAAAGCUCACAGAAACAUCACCAGUUCUAUCUUAGCAGCUACAAUGUACCACAUUUGGAAAGCAAGAAAUGAUGCACUGUGGAAUCCCAAAGUCCAACGACCCCAGAAGCUGAUAGAGACUGUGAAAGAGGAAUGUAGGCUGGUCAUGCCGGAAAUCCUGGGAAAGAAGGCAACAUCACAAAGACAAAAAGCAUGGAUACACAAGCUAAUGUAA